UCCCAUCAUAUUGGGCGUUGCCCAGCGGUCUAUAAAUUGUUGAAUACAUAUCCAGUGAGGGUCUGCACUCUUCACUGAAUCUCAAACUACACUUUCUGCCUCUUUGUUUCCUGCCCACACUUCCGCAGCCAUGACUGAGUUAGAGAACUGCAUGGAGAGUCUGAUCAAGGUGUUCCACCGCUAUUCUAUUGAAGACGGUGAUGCAAAGACCUUGAGCAAGAAAGAACUAAAAAAACUGCUGGAGAAUGAGUUGCCAACCUUUCUGAAGACCCAGCAGAACCCCAAAACUGUGGAUUUCAUUUUGAAAGAUUUGGACCAAAACAAAGAUGAUAAGUUGGACUUUGAAGAGUUUCUUCCCCUUGUCGUCGGCCUCUCAAUGGCCUGUGAGAAGUGUUACAUGCUCCACGAAAAGAAGAAGACCAAGAAGUCUACAGCCAUGGCUCGUCUGGAACAGGUCAUUACAAACAUUGUUGACGUAUUUCUGGAGUAUGCUGAUGAUGAUGGCAAAAAACCCCAGUUAAACAUUGAAGAGUUGAAGAAGGUGUUGGAGCUAGAGAUACAAAGCCCAGAGUUAAAGGAUAAAAUCAAUGCAGAUGACAUCGGGGAGGCAAUGGAGAUGUUGGAUAAAAACCACGAUGGAGAGGUCAACUUCCGUGAGUUUUGUCGGUGUGUGUGUGUCCUGGCCAGAUGCUACUACCAGAAGAAGACAGGGAAGGGUGGCAAGAAAGUCAAGGGCAAAGAACCAGAAGCUGAACAAGAAGACUGAAUAUUACCUGCAAAACCUACAAAUGUUUGUAUAAUAUGCAUAAUAUAUUUACAAAUGGCAUCUAGGCCGCAGUAUGUUUAUGUUAUAUGUGACACAACUGACCCUGAAAACAGAUGCUGCUGCUAUUAAGCUAUUUGCACAUCCAUUAUUUGCACAUCCAUUAUAAUAUUUAGGUCACAAUAUGCAUAUAUUUUAUGUGACACAACUGAACCUGAAAUCAGUUGUAGCUGGUAUUAGCUUUGUGCACUUACAUUAUGAAACUCAAGCUUGUGUAUUAAAGUUGCAUGCACAAUGUGAGAUUCACUGCCUUCAUACCUCAGUCAUCUGUUUUCAAAGAAAGUUUCAUUCCAGAAAAUAAACUUCCAUAAGUUAA